CCAAAUUUUUUGCUGGCAAACGAAACAAUUUGGUACAAUUGUGUCAAAACGAGACAAUUACGUCAAAUUAAUCCGUUACAAUUUCUCAUCCAAACCCAAACGACCCCUAAGUCAAUUACCUACCGGCUACCACUUGUUGUUUGUGCUAUUACGCAACGACUUUCGGCAUUGACUUGGUUACCCUUCAAAGCUUUAUACUCAUUACUCAACACAGAAAAAGUCUCCUCUCGAGAAGUUGUAAAAAAAAGAGAAAGCAAUCCAUCCAUCCGAGAGCGAGAGAGAGAUGUCGACGGUGGCCGGAUUGCCGAAAUUCAUGGUGCUGAAAUCCAAGUCCGACGGGAAAUACCUGCACUACCUCUGGAACGACGACUCCUUCGGGCCGUACGUCAACGACCUGGGAUGCAAGCGACUCCUGGACCCGCUCAGCCCGUUCGUGAAGCUGGAGGUCGUCCCGUCCGGAUCCGACCCGGCCCAUCUGAUCCACCUCCGCUGCUGCCACAACAACAAGUUCGUGCAUCUCGACAGCAAGUACGGCGUGUCCUGGAUCUCCGCCACCGCCAACGGGCCGGACGAGGCACGGCCCGGUCCACCUCCACCCUAUUCCGGCCCAUCUUCCCGCAGGGUGAGCCCAACACGGUCGGGCUCCUGCACGUGCAGACCAACUGCCACGUGCGGACAUUCUUCAACCACGGCUACAACGACGACAUCAACGGGGUCGCUUGCGCCUACUCCAACGACGGCCAAGGCAUGCACCGGUUCGAGUUCGCGGCUUGGGAUUCGUACGACGAGAAGAUGAAGGCUAAAGAUAAUGAGAUCCAGAAGCUGAAAUCACAGGCCAAGGGCGGCGGCAGCGAUGAGUGUCUGCAAGCUGAUGAGAUAGUGGCGGCACUACAGGAAAAUGUCUCUUUAAUCACGGGACUUCCCGUGUUUAAAAGCAUGUUUCCCGUGAUUACUAAAUUUAGUCACGGGAAAUUUACCGUAAUAUAA